ACAACAAAUUAAACUCCCUUUCCAAUGGCUAACUCAAAAUCAUUCUUUCUCACGUUCAAUCAUCUAACAAUAUACCUCAUUCUGUUGCUACUAUCACAAUCCCCACAAAUUCACUCAACUUGUCGCAAUUUCUGUAACAACAUUCCCAUAAACUACCCGUUCAGCAUUGACGAUGGCUGUGGCGCGCCGCAGUAUCGUCACAUGCUGAAUUGCUCCGCUACUGAUUUAUUCUUCCUAACACCAUCAGGAAAUUACAAAGUCCAAUCAAUCGACUACGAAAAGCAAACCAUGACGAUCUUCGAUCCUUCAAUGUCUACUUGUUCAAUCCUACAACCUCACCACGACUUCAAAAUGUCAGAAAUUCAAUCAGCUAUAAUCCCGCCUACGCCUGACACGGUCUUCAUCCUCGUCAAUUGCUCCAUUGAUUCCCCUGUACUUAAUCAUUACAAGUCGCUCUGUUUUAAUUUCUCCGGUCAUUCGUGUGACGAACUCUACGGUUCGUGCACUUCGUUUAAGUUGUUUCAUUUACUGUCUAACAGUACGCCGGCGUGUUGUUUCACGGGUUAUGAAACGGUGAAGUAUAUGAGUAUGGAUAUAUUGGAUUGCACGCAUUAUACGAGUGUUUAUAAUACGGAUAGAUUGGAAGGUGUUGGGCCGUUGGAUUGGCUUUAUGGGAUGAAAUUGUCAUUUAGCGUGCCGGACACUGGAUGUGCCCGGUGCGCUAAAUCUGGUGGGACUUGUGGAUUUGAUGUAGAGACUGAGAUGGCGCAGUGCAUUUGCUCAAGCACUAGUAAUUCUACUAGAGAUUGUGGUAAGUGAGACAUAACUUCUUCACUCAAAUAAUUUAUGCGAUCUAAAUUUGAUGAAGCUGAACCCAUAACGUGAUUUG